AUGCAAUAUUCAAAGGUAUUUGCUAUUCUCUCUGUUUUAGUGUUAGCUGUCACACUUGUGCAAUCGCUUGAAGAAGCUAAGAAAGGACCAUUACAAAUUAGCUUGGUAGAAGGAGGUCCCAUUAGAAACAAGGGAUCAUUUACCAAUAGAAAUGCUGUCACCAAUGAAGUUGCUCUUUUGCAAUUUAACUUGAUCUUUAGAAAUAGACUUACUGAUAUCACCAACAGCGCUGGAAGACGUACGCCAAUUAGAAUCGAUAACCAAGGUACUACCAGUACUGGAUUCUUCAAUCUCCAAGCACAAAUCAACGGUAUCAAUGGUGCCUCCACUGUUUCCGCAGUCUUGGUCAGUCCAACCUGUCAACCAAACAGAGACAAAUCAGAGCAACAACAAAUUGAAAACGAAAGAAAAAACGUCAUUCGUAAGGUUAAGGACGCUAUGAACAAAUCUUAUGAUACCGGUAAAAUAUACACUGUUCAAUGCCACUAUUAA